AUGUCUUCAACAUCGAUUGAACCAGCAAACCCUUUAUCAAACUCCACUUUGUCUCCUGACUCGCUUCCAGAGGUUGCCUCGUCUAUUGUCGACGAUGAAACGGCUGCUUUGGGACCAAAUGCAGGAUCUUCGGCCUUUUUUUGGACUUACCAGGAAGAACCUCAUCGUUCUCGCCGCAAAGCCAUCAUCAAAGCACACCCUCAGGUUACAAAACUAUGUGGACCGGAGCCCUUGACCAAGUGGGUGGUGCUAGGUGUAAUGCUCACUCAAUUCACCAUUGCCUACUAUUUAACAAAAACUAACACGCCAUUUUUUUCAUUCAAAUUUUGGGCAUUGGCGUAUGUUAUUGGGGCUACUUGCAGCCAAAAUCUAUUUCUAGCAAUCCAUGAGAUGGCUCAUGGCCUUGGAUUCAAGACUCGCAUUCAUAAUCAGCUAUUUGCUGUCGUUGCUAAUCUUCCUAUUGGUAUUCCCUACGCCGCAGGGUUUGGGCCAUACCACUUGCUGCAUCAUAAGUAUCUCGGCGAUAGCCAAUACGACACAGAUCUGCCCACCGUUCUGGAGGCCCUAGUCCUGGACUCUGUUGCUGGCAAGGCAUUUUUUGCAACUUUUCAGAUUUUCUUUUACGCUAUUCGACCUAUCUGCGUCAUGGCUAUCCCCUUUUCCAAAAUCCACGUCAUUAAUCUAGUUACUCAGUUUGUUUGGGAUUAUAUUGUAGUGCAUAACUUUGGCUGGACCCCUCUUGUUUAUUUCUUGCUUUCGGACUUUCUUGCGGGCUCCCUCCAUCCGUUGGCUGGUCAUUUCAUUGCUGAGCACUAUGUUCUUGACCCCCCAGCGCCAGAGGAGAAGAAGGAACCUAAAUCUAAAGACAUUCAGCAAAAGGGUGUACAGCCUGCGCAAUUUUCUAAAAUUGCUCCGCCAGAAACUUACAGCUACUACGGACCUCUGAAUAUUUUUGUCUACAACGCAGGCUAUCAUAAUGAGCACCAUGAUUUCCCUUAUGUGGCAUGGACUAAGCUCCCCGAGCUCAACCGCUUAGCUAAAGAGUUUUAUGAUCCAUUACCAUGUCAUCGUUCGUGGUCCAAGGUAAUUGUCGACUUUGUUUUUGAUAAGCGGGUCAGUCUAUGGUGCAGAGUCAAACGAAGUAAAGAACAAAUUGAUCCGGACGACUACGAACAUCCAGAAAACAGCAUUGAAUCAACAUCCACCACCACGGGAGCAAAAAUAAUAUCACCAGCAGCAGCUCUUGCAGCUCGUGCAAACAUCAAGUAA